AUGACAGUCCAAUGUCCGCCUCAAACCGACGCUUUUCGAGACCUCUUCCGGAUCUUUGCAAACAGAGAAGAUCGCGUCCUUGAAUUCGAGAUUCUCCCGCCGGCCUUUGGCCCGAUACUCGAAGAUGGCAGCUCUAUUGGAAUUACGAAGAAAUACCUAGUGCAGGCGUUUGUGGUCGCGCGGAGAGUUUUCUUUGACAAUCUGGCAGAUUUUAAGAGUACGGGUGGUGCCACAUUGCUAGAUACAUCGGCAUCGAACUCUGGGGGCGAUGUGUUGGAUAAGAAGCUUGCGAUCGCAUCUGAAAUCAUCCUCCUCUUCGAUUGCGAACACCUGACAGCAUGCAACUGGAGGAAGCGGAGGCUAAGCGCUUUGUUCAGACUGAACCUAGAGGCACUUCUCCGGGCGCUGGACGUCGAACUCUCUCUCAUGACUACGUACCUCUGCUCCCCGCUCCACCGGCACACCAAGUCCCCAACCCUCUGGCAGCACCGUCAAUGGGUUCAAUCGCACCUCGUCCGACUGCGCAAACCUAGCUUCAAUAAAAUCGAGGGACUCUUUCAGACCGAACUAUCCGUUGUCCUUCGAGCCGGGGAACUACAUCCUAGGAACUACUACGCCUUUACACACUUGCGACAGAUCCACCGCAUGCUCUCAGAGUCUGGGGAAGUGGAAGGCGAGAAGUGGAGGUUACAACUAGGGCGGAGCAUCCUAAACUCUGCGUUGGAUUGGUGUCUCGCCCACCCAGCCGAUAUCUCUGGACUGAUGUUCCUGCUUUAUCUGCUAGAUGUAGUGCCUGAUACGACGCUUCGCUCUGAUACUGUGGGCAAAUUAAUCCGGUUCGCGCUCGACAUCGGCUGGGAGGGCGAGAGCAUCUGGACGUUUAUCGAUCUCGCUAUCCGCAAGUUCCAGCUGCUCAAAUUGGUAGACGAUUCACAAUCAUACCCAUGGAGUGUUUUGGGCAUCGCCUCGUCAGCCGGGUCGCAGGGCGAUAGUAAGCCUAUCGUUUCGUGGCGGAUAUGGCUCGAUAGGGCCCGCGUCCACUGGGCGACUGAGCCCAUCCAAAACCACGCAUAA